GUUUGGCCUUGUUCAUGCUGGUCAUAGGAGGUGCUGCGCAAAGUGUGGACGAGACUUGUGCAAUCCCCGCACUGUGGAAUGCCACGAUUCAAAUGCCUCUCCAUCGAGGUGGAACAACCCGACAUGCCUAUUGUCAGCGACACGGCGACCGCCAGAUAUCAAUUUUGCGGCCCAACCCCGAUAACACCUACAUCGCAAUCAUCCUCCCGAUUGUUGGAAAUCAACCAAGCCUUAACGACCAUCAUCAUUUAAUAUUCCACGCGACACCACAAUUCAAAGAAAACUUCAAAUCUAUCUAGACCGCCUGUCAUGUCGAGAAGACCUCCCAACCCCGCCGCCGAAAGGGCGGCUCAAAAUCAGGCGACCAUCAAAAGCCUGCUCAAGUUAGAAACCAACAAAAUCUGUGCGGACUGCAAGCGUAACAAACAUCCACGAUGGGCUAGCUGGAACCUGGGCGUCUUUAUCUGCAUUCGCUGUUCGGGUAUUCACCGAGGAAUGGGCACCCACAUCAGCAGAGUCAAGUCGGUCGAUUUAGAUUCAUGGACGGAUGAGCAGCUGCAAAGCGUCUUGAGCUGGGGCAACGCGCGCGCAAACAAAUAUUGGGAAUCCAAGCUGGCCGCCGGUCAUGCGCCAUCCGAGGCCAAGAUUGAGAACUUUAUCAGGACAAAGUACGAGCUUAAGAGAUGGGUCAUGGAUGGUCCCAUGCCUGAUCCGGCUACGCUUGAUGCCGAGGCCGACGACGAUAUUCCUUUGAGCCUUGUGAAGGAGAAGCAAUCCAUCGACCGGAAAGAGUCUGUACGGAAGGCCUCGCUGGGUCAGUCCUCCGCCCCGACCUCCAUCCGCCGAGCGCCUGCAGCCCCAGCUCCAGAGCAGGAUUUGAUUGGGGGUGACCCUAUUCCCGUUCGUGCGAACUCGGCUGGCCCUGCCAUGUCCAAGGUUCCGUCCAAGGGCGAGCCGGCCCCGCCAAAGACGACGAGCACAAAGGAUUCUCUGCUGGGCUUGGAUUUCUUGGGCACCGAAACUGUUGCCCCUCCUCGCCCGUCUAGCACGACGGGUACAGGCGGAGCUGGAGGACAGUCUCGACCGGAUCUGAAGCAGUCCAUUCUUUCUUUAUAUGCUACUGCACCGCGGCCACAACAGCAAGCACCGCAGGGAUCAUUUGGCGGUAUGAACUCGCCACCCUUGCAGCAGCAACAGCAGCAGCAGCAGUCGCAGGGUGCAGGUGCAUUUGGAGGCAUGAAUGAUGCAUUUAGCAGCUUGAGUUUCAACACGACUUCAAGCGCCCCCAAAUCCCCUCCCGCAAGCGAUGCCUUCGCCAGCCUUGGUGGUAUGUCCAGCACUCGCUCCCCACCACCGCAGCAGACGUCAAACGCAUCUGCUUUCUCGGGUCUUGGCGGCGGGAACUUUUUCGACACAAAACCUGCCCAGACUCACCAGCAGAAGUCGUCCUUUGGAAACUCGAGCGGUUUUGGUGGACUUACUUCGCCCUCUGCCACUACAACAUCUGCGGCCCAGGCAAAGCCUGCUGGAGCGUCAAUGCCCGCCUCUGCAGCGCUUGGUGAUCUUUUUGACUUUUCUACUCCCGCCCAGACCUCGACUCCCAAACCCAGUGCCGCCCCUGCGCCAACCUCCGACUCCGUUUUUAAUCUCUCAGCCUCGACCCAGGUCAAGUCACCUCCCGCCACCUCCAACCCUACGUCGACAAUGGGGUCCAGCAACUGGUCGAACUCGGAUGUUUGGGGUGCUAACGACGCCUGGUCGACACCCGAGGCCGCCGCAGCACCUGCCAAGAGCACAACGACAACCAUGCCGUCCGGCAGUUCAGAUGCCUUUGGUGGUUGGGGAAGUAGUUCCGGUGGUGGCUUAGCCAGCCAAAGCAUUGUUCCGGGGGCUUCUGGUGGUUUCCAGCCCAAGGUUGCUGCUGAUGAGGAGUUUGGCGGAUGGGCAAGCAGCACGGGAACGGGGAAUGCAUCAGGAGGGACUGGCAAGCCUGCGGCCGGGUUCGGGGGCAAUGACGACUUGUUUUCCAACGUAUGGCAAUAA